AUGCUUCGGAAUGACGGGCCAAGCCAUCGCAAGUUAGGCAAUGUUACGGCCAACAAUCCGGCCAGUCACUUCUUCAUCACCAUGUCCUCGUCAACCGGCAUCCCGCAAGAUCUCGAAAGCCUCCCUCUGGAGACCCUUCUCCGGCUCGCCGCAGAGCUGGAGGAAUACGAAAGGUCUCAGGCCGGUCCCUCCACAUCGCGCCAUCCCAGACACGCACCGGCAAACCCUAGCACAUCAGGCCGGGCUAAUCCGAUACCAGAUUCGCUCGAUGAUCCGCUUCCGUUCGCUGGAGAGACGACAACAGGUGCUGCUCCGCCGUCCCCUCCCCAUUCCGAGCCUACCACCAGCGAUUGGUCGGCCAUGAUGGAGGCCGAGCAGUGGACCGAGGCGGCGCGGCUGACCGAGAGGUCCAGCCAACGCUUUCUCAAGGCGCUGGAUAUGUUCUCUGACACAGCGCUCGAGAAAAUGGAGGAAAACGCAAUCCUCGCCGGCGCCACCAUCGGAAUCGGAUUGCAAGACAUUUUGAGGGAGGUCGAGGCACACCUGCGACUCAUUCAAACGGCAUGCGCCAUCGGGGUUGAGAAGCGGAGCGGAGGAAAGGGAAAGCGCCGGGCGGCGCCAAGGAUAACGACCACCCGACCACCCGAUAACGAAGACAAGGACCAUAAUAUGGACACCAAUGCCGAUGGCCCGCUGUGCCCACGUGCUGGGCUAUUGGACGAUUCCGCCUCGGAUCGUCCGGGUCCCCAGUCCGCCAAGGCCAAGGGGAAGGGGAGGGCGCACGACGUCGAGGCGGCCCCAUUGACGGAUACGGCAGCAGACCCCUCGUGCAAGUCCAUGAGACAGCCGUCAUCUAAAGCAGGCUUCGAUGCCUCGGGUAGCAUGGACGUGUCGGAAGACACUACGCCUCAGGCUCCCACUCAGACGCAGCCCAAGCCCCGGCCCCGCAAGGCCGCCGCUCCUCUGGCACCCAUCGUUGAACGGACCCCGUCCGUCGAGGCUGCAACGACCCUGGGCCUAGCGACGUCCUCCGAACUGCAAGCGGUAGGAUCGGCGCUUACGAGGAGCGUGGAAGACAUGGCGCAUUGGCUCAGCGCUCUGGAAGCCGUCCCCGGUCAGAUUGCAGGCCAGCAGCAAAUGCUGUCGGCAAUCCUCAAGUCGCACGCGGACCACGCCGCCGAUCACGAAGAUCUCUCCGCCGCCAUCGAGUGCAUGACGACCGAGAUGGCGAAGAUGAACGAGCUAUACAACGGCCUGGUACACAUGUGCACUCAGCAGGCGGAGAAGACCCAGGCCCUCGUCGAUCAGGUCGCGGCGCUCAGUGACUACGUUAUGCAGGUCGGGCAGAGGGCAAAUCAGCUGCGUUGA